AACCAAAACUCACUGAACGGAUCGUUGCCUUGAGGUCCGACUAGUUUUUGUAAGCGUUUUAAAGUUGUUUUAAAUUCAUAUUAACAAACAUUGCGUAGAUGUGGGUGCUAGCUUGCUAACAUUAGUUAACAGUCAGACGUUUUUGGGGGGCAUAAGUAUUGUUCGAGUGUAGUUGGGUUUAAAUAUGCCGGGAUUUUCUUUGUUCUACUUUCCAAAGCCCGAUCCGCUUUAUUAAUAUUGAUAUUCGGUUCGCUCUUUGUUACUAAUAAGUAACUGCGUGCUUCGUUGUAGCAGUCUGCAGGCCAACGGAGCCCCGAAUGCAAGUUAGACCGUUACGAUAGCUAUCUCGUUUUAUGGCGCAGUGCAAUUACUCUGUGGGAUAUGGAGCCAUAUUGUGUAUUUGGCUCCAGCAAUAUAAAAGAAACACCCCCGUAACAGCACCAUGGAGGAGGAGGAUGUGCUGCCCGUGGCGGCUGUAGAGAGUGCGCCCGCAAUCCCGGACCCCGAGGUCUUCGCCGCCGAUGGCUUCGCCGCCGAGGCCAUGGCAGCCGACCUGGACCCCUGGAUCGUGUUCGACUCCCGCAAGACCCCCAAGGCGGAGUUCGAAGACUGGCUGGAGAGCAACCGCCCCUCACAGGUCUCCCGCUACGGGGACGAAGACAGCGGCAAGGGCCCCGUGGGCUGGAUCGCCGUCACGGGGCCCGAACACUGCCCCAACAACGCGGACGUGGUGGGCCUCCAGGAGAGCUGGGACAAGCUGUUGGCCAGCGGGCGGCCCAUCAACUUCCAGACGGUGAAGGAGCUGGCACUGAAUCACAGCGUCCUCUCGGGCAAGUGGCUGAUGCACCUGGAGGCCGGCUUCAAGCUGGAGCAGGCCUGGGAGUGCGUGGCCCGGGCGACCCUCGACGGCAAGAUGUGGCAGGUGAAGGUGAGCCCCAACAACCCGCACUCGGACAGCAAGCAGGUGAUCUGCGUCUACAACCACAACUUCACAGACGAAGUGGAGGUGAUGCGGCUGGACACGGCCAUCCGCUCCACGGGCAUCAAGUGCUCGCUGUCGUACAAGCCCGACGUGUACACCUACCUGGGCAUCUACCGCAACAACCGCUGGAAGCUCUGCCCCACCAUCUACGAGAGCAAGUUCAACCUGGAGUGCGUGCCGCGACGCUCGCUCAUCAUGAACAAAGUCACCAAUCUGGAGGUGACAUGAUGGAAGGGGGAGGGAAGAAGAGGAGGAGGGAGGAAUGCGGGGGUUCGUGGGGAAGGGUGAGGCACUGUUGGAUGUUGUCUUCUGGGCCGUUGUCGGACAGUCCCCAGACGUUUCGUUUUGGUUGUACUUUGGAAGGAGAGAAAGUUAAGAAAUUAUGGUGGAUGUUCAUUUCCUCAAUGUUUACAUUUGGAGAUUGUUGGUUUUUUAAAUUUUAUGUUCCAUUUAAAACAGGGCCGAUAUAUUUUGGAGGGGAAAUUCGUAUAUUUUCUACAGAAAUGUUUGAAGAAAAGACAAGCAUUGCAAGCAUUUAUUUCUGUUAUGAUGAUGGAUUGAGUUUGGCAUCCUUUCUACAAAAUGCCAACUUGAGAAUACCGACCCAUGUUGUACGUGAUUAGGUUUACGAAUAAUAAAGAAAAUGCAUACUUUAAA